AUGUCCGGCAGCACACUCGAUAAGGGCAAAGUCACCUUGACAGGUGCAGAGGAAACCCUCCUCAUCACCCUCUUUGCCCGCGCCAAAGAUGCCGAGUCUCCAAAUCCAGUGCUGAACGAUCAGUAUUCCGCCCAAGUCGUCAGCCGCAUCCGCGACCAGGGCUACAACUUCUCACGUACCACCUUGGACCGGUCAGACAGCAGCUUCUUUACGAGCUUAGUAGCAACACGCGCCCGGGUACUAGAUAUCUGCUGUGAGCAGUUCUUGGAGAGAAACCCAGGUCCCGCUACGAUAAUACAUCUCGCCUGCGGUAUGGAUUCGAGAAGUCUGCGCCUCAAGUGGCAGGGCGAGGGCAGGCUCUGGAUUGACGCCGACAUGCAGGAUGUCAUAAAACUGAGGCGCCAAAUCAUGGACGACCCAGCUCCGGGAAGAGGAGAAUACCGGCUGACUGACCCGGACAUCCACGAUGAUGCUUGGUUGAGGGACUACAACAUUCCCACGGACAGACCAGUAUUGGUACUCUUCGAAGGUCUGACGCCUUAUCUCACUCGCGACGAAGUCGCUGGUCUCUUGAGGCGGAUCAUCAACCACUUCCGUGACAGCGGAGUCAAUGGGGAAAUUCGAUUUGACGCGCCUGGUUCUAUUUCUUAUUUCCUCAUCAACUACGUAUUCAACAAGCCGUUAAGGUCAAUGGGUACGCAAUUCACCUGGUACAUGGACGAUCCAAGGGAAUUGGAAACUCAUGUCCCAGGCCUCAAGUACAAGGAACGCAUGUUCGUACUGCACGACUAUGCACGGUUGGGCAAUUAUGGAUGGCUGGCUAGCUUUCUUUUGCGAGUUGCUGACUGGUUCAAUAUUGGUGGCCGAAUUGGUUCUGGUUAUGGGUAUGAGUUCUGA